CCUCUUCCUCCACUACUUCUGCCACAGCCCGCUACAGGUGCCCUCUCCACUUCCCCUCGCCUGCUUUGUGAUGCAGUAGUCCAUCUGGUCGCUUUGAUUGAGCCCCCGGCGCUGCCCGUCUCCCACCUUGCAGCCCUCGACCCAUGGUAUACUGUCUCCUCGACAUGCCAUAAUGCCCACCGCGCUGUCACGAGUGCUUCGUCGAGUGAGCCUUUUUGGCGGCUUGUCCUGUAAUUGAGAAUGAAAACUGUUCCAACGCUUUGUGCCACUGCCACUGUCGUUGGUGCAUCUGCGGUUGGUCUGUCAUUUGGUCGCGAGAACCCCCUCGACCACGCUUCAAACAAGAGGAAAGCCACCUCAGCACGAGAGUUGGACCAGCGUCCAAUGCACUCAGCUGUACAUACGUCGUCGACCAUAAACUCGGCCCAGUCCUUUAGCUCCCCGAUACCGCGCCCUGCCUCGUCCCGCGUCCCGGUUGCGACCCGCUAUAGUCAUGAUGGACGCCCGCAACGACGAAUAGUACGGAGGAUGACGAGCGACAACACGUCUUUCCAAUCGCACAGCAUUGUGGUCAAUGGCAGGCCCCCUUCUGGCGACUGGGGCAUGAUGGAUAUAGACCACGGGGCAAGUCUAUCAUCGCGUCCGUCUUGGCUGAAGCGCCUGUCAACAAUCUCGACAUCCCAAAAUUCGAGUCGAAACUCGAGCCCUGGCCCACUCUCACCCUCAGUCUCGUGCUCCAAUGGCUCGAUGGCUUUCUCUCAUGAUGGUUCCACUGCUCCCAUGGUAGGCAAGCGAUCACCGUCGCCAAUGCCCCCCAACAAGCUCGUCAAACGGUCGUCGUCGGUCCGUAUCCCUCGGGAGACUCCUACCCCAAGUUCCGGCUCACUUCUCCCUUCCCUUCGCCGCCCAGCCACAAGUCAUCAGAGAUCUGCCACGAUGCAACACCACGCUGCCCUCAUGGAAAUGACUGUAGAGAAUUCGUCCACAGACGAGCCAGCCCUUGUGGGUAGGAAAGAUGAUGUUCAGUAUACCCAAUUUUUUACCGCCAAGGUAUCAAAAGAGAAGACGUUAUCUAAGAGAAAAGGGUCGACCGUGAAUGGCAAGAGCGUGAAGAGGAUUGCCCCCAACGACAAACACAAACCGACCUUAUUAUUAGCAAAAUCGGUAACAGCUGGCGCCGACGAGAUUGAUGACAGCUCUAGCGAGGCUGGUGAAAGCGUGUAUUUCGUGAGUCGACCUGGGACACCGAUGAGCAUCACCGCCGUCAUAUCGGCCAAAGCCGAUGGACCCAGUUCAGUCGAGAACGUGCUCUCAAAGCACGGCCCGCCCGCAGAAGUCGACGAUGAGCCUCGACCCCGACGCUCCUUCUCCAUCAGUGACUUCCUUUCACCAAAGCAGCGAACGACGAAGGUCCCCGGAACGAAACUAGCACGCAAGUCAAGCAGGAGGGUGAGUUCUGCUCCACUUCAUACGAUGAGCAACAGGCAGAGCAAUACCGCACAUGGAGAAUCUAAUGCAUUCCAUGCGCGGCGAGAUUUAACCGACCCCAUCCUUACUCGACGAGAGAUUUCAACCUCCGCCGGACAACCCCAACGGAGCAAUUCACGAAAUGGACUGCUUGAUCUUUCCUCUUCUUCACCAUUGCCAGCAUUACCCUCACAUCGCACCGUUGAAAUGGCUCACAGUACUCCGGUGUCAAUGCAUCAAAGCGACAUUAAGCCGUCGGCCUCGCUUAGCACCAAUCACAUCCCUCCCUCACCAACCAUUCCCCAAGCGGGAGGGCGCCCGUCCCGUCAUUCGGUGACCCCGUCCGAACAAGCGUCCACAUUGGUCGGAUCAGAUAACGAGGCUCGUGGUGUUGGAUCUGGCGAUGAGGACGACGCGGAUCUCCAAAGUGAGACCGUAUUUGAUUCGUUGCGCACUGGCGCAACAAGAAGUACAUCUGGCGCCCGAGGCCCACGCAUUGAGACGAUAUUUGACGAGUCCCCCCCUUCGAAAAUAAAGGUCACAGGUCUGCGAGAUCUUCUUCCCAAAGGAACCUUCCGGGAGCAAACGGCGGAUGGUGCUCCCGGGCACCAGGCCAUUGCAGAGGAGGAGGAAAGCAUCUCAACACCUGUCCGGACAAUGGCACCGGAGAGAGCAAUCAACGAUUCACCAAGCCUCCCACGAUCGCACGUUGCUCCUCUGUUUCCAAACCUGAUCCCAUCGUCGCCUCCGGAUAUGCCAAAGCCACUAUCCCUAGGGACACUGGAAUGGGACUCAAGAGCUGAAGACGACGAUGUUAGCAGAUGGUCCUUUGAUGAACAGGAGGAAGAGGACUCGUGCGGUGAUUUCCCAAAUCCCCCGCCAGCCACUCACAUCGCCACACCAGUCUCUCUUGGACGCCACAACCCGCGGCUGCUCGGUUCUGGGUCUAGUCCAAAGCCAUCGACACCACAACAUCUUCUCGUUGAUCACAGCGAUAGGGACGCGCGAAGCAGCAUAUUUGAUUGGUCAGAGCAACAGCCAACUGAUAAAAGCUCGGGCAAUCGUACACCGCCACGUCCUCGGACAGUACAUGGGAAGAAGGAUGCAGACAGAAGAGGCAGUCGAUCAGUUGGUCGUCGAGCUCCGAGUGGGUUGCACGCUCGCAGCCAAAGUGUGCCUGUUGUCCCAGAUGCUGCUGGUAAACGUAGCACAGUGGUCACCAACAAAUUCGGCACCUGGGGUGUGGGAAGCAAGGGCGUAACUGAGGAUUGGAACGAUGACUUCGAUUUCUCCGACCUUCACGAAGAACCCGCCGCGGAAGGUGCAGCCGAGUCUCAGCGAAUUGACAGCGGUACUGCAAUGUUCGUACCAAAGAACAUUCAAGAGCAGCAAAGUAAUGUUCUUGCUAACAUCGGUCUCCUCCGGGAGUGGGGCUUGCUCAUUGAGGAGCUGAAAGAGCAGAGAAUACGAGCUGUCGCUCUUGGCUUACUAGAAGGACCAAACGCCAGCAUGUGGGAAGAGGUUGAUGCGAUGAUAGAUCUCGCAGACCAAGAAGCGGAACAUGACGGUAUCCCUCGCUUAUCACCACCAUCCUCUCCCGGAUUCGACGAGGACGCUUUUGAUGACGUGUCUGGUCCUAGCCCCAAUCAUGGUCGAGGAAGACGCAAGUCAAGUUUCUUAGCGAGCGAAGAUCUUGGCACUAACCUCGCGCACGCCAGCCACCAGCCCAAUCGUCCAAGGAGAAAGUCGAUACUUCCACCGAAUUAUGGAAUCUUUGGACCUCAUUCUUCUCCAACCCCUUUGACGACGAAACGUGGACCACCUGUUACCCCAUCAGAUCCAAAAUCUCCCACGACACGGCCUCGAAAAGACUCGGAAGCCAAAGCGCGUUCUGUGAUAGAAGCGCUACAAAAGCGGAGGAGUACACAUGAACCUGUCGCAGAUGUGCAACUCACGCCGGCCGCGAAGAAAGUCCCAUUCGACACUGCUACCCUUCGACGUAUCGUUCCAUAUGUCAGUACGCUGACACGCAAGGUGAAGGAGGCGUUGAGGGAAGCAGAGGGUCUCUAUCCCAGCCCAAGUACGAGUCCAAAAGACCCCCCAUUCAGCAAGAUAUUUCAAGCGGACAAUGAUCUAGCUACACAAAUGAAACUAAUGACAGUCAUGUAG